AUACUAUACUACUGCUGUGGAUGACGUGCGCGCCAAGCGAAAAUUGUGGGGAAAGAGGAAAGUGGAGGCCCCCACCUCAUCAGCCUCGGAGUUGGGAGAGAAUUUCCAUUGCCAACGCAACCCCAAAACACAAACCAAGAUGCAUCAUCCCUCCAGUGUUUUCUAGACGGAGACACCUACACCUGUUUUUAUAAGUAUUUAUGUAGAGUUGUAGAGAGAGAAAAUCGCAGCCUCUCUUUCUUUUUGUUAGAGAGAGAGGAACAGAUACAGUGAAUUGGGUGUCACUCUCGCACCUUUUUCUGGGUUUUGUUCCACUACAAGAAGAGACCGGUUCAAAAAGGGGCAAUUUUUGGGAAUUUCUUGAUGUGGGUUUUUAUUGGUUUUUGGUGUAAAGAUUGCUAUUUGGGUUUUUGAAGAGCAGAGAGAGUGGGAGGGAUUUUGAGAUUUGUGGUUGGGGUUUUUGUUGGAUGGGAAUUGGGAAUUUGGAGGGAGGGCGAUGAGAAAGUCUUUCAAAGAUUCCCUAAAAGCUCUUCAAGCUGAUAUUCAUCAUGCUAAUACCCUGGCUUCUGAUUAUCCACAAGAAUAUGAUGGUGCUUGCCUUCAGAUGAGAUUAUCUUACAGUCCUUGCGCACGAAUAUUUCUCUUUCUUGUUCGAUGGAGCGAUUGUAACCUUGCCGGUGCCCUCGGAUUUCUUAGAAUCCUUAUUUAUAAGGCUUAUGAUGAUGGCAAGACUACCAUGUUAUUACAUGAAAGAAAAGCUAGUAUUAGAGAUUUCUACGGUGUGAUAUUCCCCUCUUUAUUGCAACUUCAGAGAGGAAUCACCGAUGUUGAAGAUAGGAAACAGAGAGAGCUUUGUGCAGCCAAGUACCAAAGAAGAGAUGAGACGGACAAGGGUAAGCUGUCCGAGAUUGAGAUAGAGAGAGAAGAAGAAUGUGGCAUAUGCCUGGAGGUAAACAGCAAGGUUGUCUUCCCCAAAUGCAAUCAUUCCAUGUGUAUGAAGUGCUACAGAAAUUGGCGCGCUCGAUCUCAGUCGUGCCCCUUCUGUCGAGAUAGUCUCAAAAGAGUGAACUCCGGUGACCUUUGGAUCUACACCAGCGGCUGCGAAUAUGUUGACCUGACUUCAAUCGCAAAGGAAAAUUUGAAGAGGCUGAUGAUGUACAUUGAGAAGUUGCCUCUUGUCAUUCCGGAUCCAAUGCUCGUGGCUUAUGAUCCCCGUUACCGGUGAGUAGGGCUUCUUCAGUAGCUGGAAUGUUUUGUAAAUGUAGAUGGUUUGUUGUACAUAAGUUUUCUGUUUGUUCCUCUUUUUUAGACACUCAUUUGUUAACCUGUGCAUACAUGUUGGCCAUUGUCAGCAGGCUCUACUUGGUGUUGGAACUGUAUUUUAUUCCAUUUAAAUAUAGAAGAAAUUCUUUAUUGCCCA